CUUCAAUGAAAGCUGAGACGCGACGCUUGGAUCAAGUCGGAGCUGAAAGUUUCUGCAGAGGCUUCAUCACUCCGGGGGGGACUCUUUUAUCUUUGUUUUUACUCACCGACUGUUUUAUUUUGAUUUUUUAUCAUCAGCUGUUUGAUUUGAAGAAGUUCUGUAAAGAAAACUUGGAUCAGUUUUUGUGGCUCGUGUGAAACGUGAUGGACGGUUCGGGGCUCCUCGCUGAUGCUGUGUGCUUUUGGCACUGAGGGACCCCUCUGGAGGCGCGAAAAGUUGUCAUCUUCAUCAACACUUGCCCCCCCACUUUGUGCCAGCCAUGGCUCCGCGCGCUCGCCUCGCGCUCGUGCUGCUCUGCGGGUGGACUUCUCUGAGCCUCGGGCUCUGCGCGCUGCUGAAAGCGGACAGUUUCCCCGGGAGGCUCCGGGUGGAUUUUACGCGUCCCGUAGAUCAAAAACACGCGACCAGGGAGGAGCGGGACGCGCUUUUACAGGAUACAAUGACGGAGCACAUGCAGGUGCUUUACGCCAAGUACAACCGCGCUGGGUUUCCGUUCCGGGAUGGAAACACGGUGCGCAGCUUCAAGGCGCACUGGGGAACUAUAAACAAGAAGGAGCUGCAGGUUUUUAACCUCACGUCCCUCACCAGGUCUGAAGACGUCCUGUCAGCCACGCUUCAUUACUUCAUCGGGGACCUUCAGAACCAAACCCAGAGCUGCUCCAGGUCCAGAAGCUGCUCCCGCCACGGCCCCCGCAGACACAACCCCGUCCACAUGGUCAUCUGGAGCUUCGCCUCCGUGGACAACAAGCUGAGGAGCCUGGGACACUUCCGGAUCAACGUGUCCACGCUCUACAGAGACUUCAUAUCGUGGCAGUGGAAGGACAUCACCCGGGUGGUCAAUCAGGCCAAACACCACGACGAGCUGCUCAUCGGGAUCGACGUGGCCUCGCAGGGGCCGCGCCCGUGGAAGGAGCUGCUGUCGGACCGCUCGCCCUACAUCCUGGUCUACGCCAACGACUCGGCCAUCUCAGAGCCCGAGAGCGUGGUGGCCACCCUGCAGAGACACAGCCCGGUGGGGGGGCGGGGGUCCCACGGUGCCCACAAACUGAGACAACAAAACCAGACCGAGGGAGAACAUCUGCAGCCGCGACACAAGCGCUCCGUCAACGUUCUCCUCCCGCUGCAGAACAACGAGCUGCCAGGACCCGAGUACCCCUACGAGACCACCGGCUGGGACGAGACCGGCCCCUACGAGCCGUCCGAGCCCAAGCAGCCCCGUCGGCCGCGGAAAAAAACGCGCAAGAAUCAGCGCCAGCGCAUGCCCCUGCUGCAGUUCGACGAGCAGACCAUUAAAAAGGCCCGCAAGAAGCAGUGGAACGAGCCCAGGAACUGCGCCCGGCGCUACCUGAAGGUGGACUUCGCCGACAUCGGUUGGAGCGAGUGGAUUAUAUCCCCCAAGUCCUUCGAUGCCUUCUACUGCUCCGGAUCCUGCCAGUUCCCCAUGCCGAAGGCUCUGAAGCCGUCGAACCACGCCACCAUCCAGAGCAUCGUUCGGGCCGUGGGUGUGGUCCCGGGCAUCCCCGAGCCGUGCUGCGUUCCCGAGAAGAUGUCCUCCCUCAGCAUCCUGUUCUUCGACGAGGACAAGAACGUGGUGCUGAAGGUCUACCCCAACAUGACGGUGGACUCCUGCGCCUGCCGGUAGUUCCCCUCUCCUCUCGGCUCCGCCCCCUCCUCGCGUCACAAACACAAACGCAGGCCUCACACAAACUGAACGCAGCUCCUCUGGAGGACGGCGCCUCCUGCUGGUCCAGGUGAGGAGGAAACGGAUCGUCUGAGUGAACUGUCAAUCAAAGCCUCAGCACCGCUCUUCAGCUUCUCUAAACUGAACUGAGGCAAAAACUCGACCCAGCUUGAACUGAUGGGGGCGGGGCUUGAUGGGGGAGGGGCGGGGCUUAUCACUUCUCUCCACCUGUGCUCACACCUGCAUGGUUCUUGUCGCAGUAUCUCUGUGUUAUCACUGUUACUCACUAUAUGAACUGAUGUUUGAUCCUUCGGCUGCUUCAGAGAGCAGAGCUGAACUUCGGCUCCUCUUUUUUCUGGUUUUUACUCUGUUUCUGCAGGAGAGGAAGCAAAAUAUUUGUUCACUUUUUAUGAACAUUAAAGGUUUUCAGAGGACGUUUUCUCUUUUCUUCACACGGAGCAAAGUUUAAGAAGAACACGACGGGUCAGGACGGACGUCUCCUUACUUUUUGAGGAUUUAUUGGACCUGAUAUAAAUUUAUACAAAGACAUUAAAAAAAUCAUAAUGGCAGGAGACUGAUGUCAGGCUGAACAUAUUUUGUUUUCUUAUCUUCUUACUGCGAAUCAUUUAAAUCCUGUCUGUAAUGAAUGUUUUCAUCAUGUCUGUUUCUCCUCAGUGAAA